CCCCACACGCGCGCGAUGGCGUCCGCGUUUCUGGGGUUCAUCUCCCAGCUCCCUCCGCGGCACGUCGACCGCCUGUACAACUCCCCGCACGCGUGCCUCGCGGUCCUGCGCUCGCUCCCCGAGCUCGCGAAGCACUACUGCAUGCGACUGAUGUACGUCGAGGGAGGCGUUCCGUCGAUCGAUAUGGACGAGUGGGUGACCGACCUCGGCCGCGACGCGCACGCGGAGAGCGUUCGCCGCAUGCGCGAGCUCAGGGUAAUGCUGCCGCUGGAGGACGUCACCGGCGCGGCGGGAGACGGCGAGUCGCUCGGUCUGAACCCGAAGUUUCAGCGCGGGAUGCGCUCCAUCAUGGAGGGCGGAGGAUUCGGCGACGGAUUCGACGACGACGACGCGGCGACCGCGAGCGACCUCGGGAGCGCGCUGCCGUCGCCCGAGGACCUGGAGUCGUACGCGAAAGGGCGAUGGGAGGCGCUGCUGUUGACGCUCACGGGCGCGAGCGACGCGUUCGCGGCGGCGGGCGCGAACGCCGCCGACCUCGACGUCGGCGCUCUGUUCCGCGCCGCGGGUUUGAUCGGGGACGCGUCCAAGGGCGAGAAAGAGGGCGUCACCGAGGCGGGGUUCAAGUUCUUGCUGAGCACCGCGCGGGAGCAGAUAUGGGCGCUGUUGGACGCGCCCGCGGUGCUGAGCUUCCUUCUCAAGCUCACGUUCCAAGCCCCCGGGGUGGCGUACUCCACGGACGGCUUGCCGGCGUCGCAAAAGGGCGUCGUUCGAGACGUCGCGAAACUCGGUCUGCUGUACCCGCUCGCGGCGGCGGGGAAAGGGUACUACGUCCCAACGUCGCUGAGCAGCGGUCUCUCGGGCGGCGGUGGCGGCGACGACGACGGCGACGGCGGAGUUGGGGGCGGGGGGAAGAAGAGCGGCGACGGCGGCGGCGUCGGCGCGCGGGGGCACAUCAUCGUGGAGACCAAUUUCCGAGUGUACGCGUACACGUCGAGUGCGGUCGAGGUUGAGAUUUUGCGGCUGUUCACGCGCCCGGAUUAUAAGCUUCCGAACCUGUACGUCGGGAUGAUGACUCGCGAGGCGGUCGUGACGGCGCUGCGCGGGGGGAUCAGCGCGGAGCAGAUCGUGUCGUAUCUGCGGAAACACGCGCACCCUCAGGCGAGGAAGACGCCCGGGCCGGCGAUACCGGCGACGGUGUGCGACCAGAUUCGGCUGUGGUCCAAGGAUGAGAAUCGCGUCAAGUACACGCCGUGCGUGUUGUACUGCGACUUUCCGACCGGGACCGGGAUGUUCGAGAAGGUGGCCGAGAUCGCGAAGGAGAGAGGAUUGUACCUCUGGGGGGAUCCGGUCGGUCUGAAGCUCGCCGUGCGCGAGGAAGGGCACGAGAGCAUGAAGGACGUCUUCAAGAAGAUACGCGCGGGGGAACUGUGA